AGCAAUCAAGCAAACACAAACAUUUUUCAAAACCACUUUUGCUCAAAAUAAGCUUGGCCAAUGAAAGCGCGAAAUUUCCGCCGCCGCGGCAGCAGCAACGAUGGGCGCGGCAACGAUGGCGGCGAAGACACCGCAGCUAAACGACCAAACACCGCCUCCGCCAGGCUCCUCAGCUUUGUAGACGAGUAUCCCGUUAAGCGCUCCACUAAUCCCUCCUCCGGUUCUGCAAUGCCUUUUACGCGCCCCAUAAAACCCUCCCCUGGAAUCCGUUUUACCUCUGCACCUUCAUCUGUCCCUUCCAAUGUGGAACCCCAAACUGGUACUUACACAGCUUUGCCUAAUUUGGAUGCCAUCUCGAUUUCGCAGCAGGCUGAGCUUGUUAAGAAAAGCCUACUUGAGAAAAUGAAAAGGCUAAAAGAAUCUGUUGCACCAUUGUGCAAUAUUGAAGAAAAAUUAUCUGCCUCUUUGUCAAAUGUCAGUGCACUGGAACAUUCUUUAUCAGCUAUUAAUGAGGAGUGCAUAUUUAUGGAAAAGCUUCGUGAUCUUGUUUGUGGAAUAUGUGUGUGUUUGCAGAUUCAGCAUCAGAUUCACAUAGAAAACAUCUAUUGCCACUAUUGCACCCACUGCUCUGUAGAUCAAGUGUCAAGACAAACUCCAUGUGCUGCCAACCGCUCAAAGCAUGUAACUUUAAUUGGUGCCUUGGUUUUCUGAAGCAUCUUCUGAGGCCAAACAAAUUUAGCUUCUUCGGCUUUUCUCUGUAUAGUAAAUGAGAAAGACCAAUUAACAUAUCGCCGCUUUGCCUUUCGUAAGUAAUAAUCUAGAUAUUCACUUGCUGCUAAAGCUGCAUCAAACAUUUGUCUUCCUUUGAUUAAGGCAGUUUGAUUAUCAGCCACCAAUCUAUCCAUCACCCUUUUCAAUCAUUCAGUGAACAUAUUGGCAAUACUUUUAUUAACACUACCAGUAAAUUGAUAGGCCUGAAGUCUUUGACAUUUACAAUUCCUUUCUUUUUGGGAAUCAGGGCUAUAAACAUUUACUUAUUAAAAAAGGGCUAUAAAAGUUGCAUUAAAGCUUUUCCAAAAGUUCCUUCUUCAUAGAAAAUCCUAGUCUUCAAGUGUUCCUUCACAAUGAACAUCCCAAAAGAGGUCGUAUUAAAAUCGUCCGGACCCAGAGCCUUGUCACCAUCAAACAUUUGGAUGACUUCACUGACUUCUUCCAUAAAUGGUGUUUGCAAUCCACUGUCUUCCUCAUCCCGAGCAGCCAGCCUGUUCACAGCACCAAAAAGGUAUCGACUUCUCCUA